AUUUUUAAGGGCGCCUUCCCCCGACUCCCUGUCCAUUCGCCCUAGAUUACUCCAGUAGCCAGAUUCCGUCUCGCCCGAUCACCCUCCAGUUCUGCUGUCCCCUCUGCAGUUUCUGGGGUGGUCGAUGGGCAGACCUCUGCGGCGGACCCUGGGUCCAGCCGCUCCUAACCCUCAUGGUCCACCUUAAGGAGCCUCCGCGGUCGGGAGUAGAGGCGGGUGUUUUGUUCUUAUAAAGAGGAAAAGUUUCUUUGACAUCCAGGAAAUGAGUAAGUCUGAAGCCCUUUAGAGCCUGUUGAUGGGGGCCAGAAGGCGGGAGCCCGCCGGGGUAUCGCCGUCCCCGUCCCUCUAAUUACCGGGCCGGACGCUCAGCCGCAGCCGCCGCCAGACAGCGGAUUCGGGGCUCCCGGGACCCGCGAACGCAGCCGGGUCUCGCGCGGUCUCUCCGGAGCCGGAGAGCGGGGACCAAAGCUGAACGAAAGCUGCAGCCAUGGCGCUGGGGCUCUUCCGGGUGUGCCUGGUGGUGGUGACGGCCAUCAUCAACCACCCGCUGCUGUUCCCGCGAGAGAACGCCACAGUCCCCGAGAACGAGGAGGAGAUCAUCCGCCAGAUGCAGGCGCACCAGGAGAAGCUGCAGCUGGAGCAGCUGCGCCUGGAGGAGGAGGUGGCGCGGCUGGCGGCCGAGAAGGAGGCCGAGAAGGAGGCGCUGGAGCGCUUAGCGGAGGAGGGCCAGCAGCAGAACGAGAGCCGCGCCGCCUGGGACCUGUGGAGCACCCUCUGCAUGAUCCUCUUCCUGGUGAUCGAGGUGUGGCGGCAGGACCACCAGGACGCGCCCUCGCCCGAGUGCCUGGGUGCCGACGAGGACGAGCUGCCCGGCCUGGAGGGCGCCCCCCUCCGGGGUCUCACCCUGCCCAGCAAGGCCACGCUCGACCACUUUUAUGAACGCUGCAUCCGGGGGGCCCCGGCCGACGCCCCUCGCACCCGGGAGUUUGUGGAAGGCUUCGUGGAUGAUUUGCUGGAAGCCCUGAGGAGCCUUUGCAGCCGGGACACGGACAUGGAGGUGGAGGACUUCAUCGGCGUGGACAGCAUGUAUGAGAACUGGCAGGUGAACAAGCCGCUGCUGUGCGACCUCUUUGUGCCCUUCAUGCCGCCGGAGCCCUACCGCUUCCACCCAGAGCUCUGGUGCUCCAGCCGCUCGGUGCCCUUGGAUCGCCAGGGCUACGGCCAGAUCAAGGUGGUCCGGGCCGAUGACGAGACACUGGGCUGUAUCUGCGGCAAGACCAAACUCGGGGAAGAUAUGCUGUGUCUCCUCCACGGCAAGAACAACGUGGUGCGGCCAGGCAGUGAGGCGAAAGACCCGCUGUGCGUCGGAGACUCCCCAUACCUGGACACGAUGCGAGUCCUGAAGUGGUUCCAGACGGCCCUCACCAGAGCCUGGCACCGCAUCAACCACAAGUACGAGUUCGACCUGGCCUUUGGCCAGCUGGACACCCCGGGGUCCCUCAAGAUCAGGUUCCGCUCGGGGAAGUUCAUGCCCUUCAACCUGAUUCCUGUGAUCCAGUAUGAUGACUCCGACCUGUACUUGGUCUCCCAUCUUACCAGGGAGCCCUGUGGGGGGACCCCACCAUCCAGCACAGAUUGGCUCCUGUCCUUCGCUGUCUAUGAGCGCCACUUCCUUAGGAUGACCUCGAAGGCGCUGCCCGAGGGCGCCUGCCACCUAAGCUGCUUGCAGAUUGCCUCCUUCCUGCUCUCCAAACAGAGCCGCCUGACCGGCCCCAGCAGGCUCAGCAACUACCACCUGAAGACCGCCCUGCUACACCUCCUGCUUGCCCGGCGGCCAGCCGCCUGGAAGGCUGAGCAGCUCGAUGCUCGUCUGCACGAGCUGCUCUGCUUCCUGGAGAAGAGCCUGCUGGAGAAGAAGCUCCAUCACUUUUUCAUCGGCAAUUGCAAGGUGCCCGAGGCCAUGGGGCUCCCUGAGGCCAUACGCAGGGCUGAGCCUCUCAACCUCUUCCGGCCCUUCGUCCUGCAGCGAAGUCUCUACCGGAAGACAGUGGACUCCUUCUAUGAGAUGCUCAAGAAUGCCCCAGCGCUCAUUAGCGAGUAUUCCCUCCAUAUUCCCUCAGACCAUGGCAGCCUGCCUUCAAAAGCUGUCAUCUUGUAGAGCAUCCACGACCCAGAGGGCCAGGACACAAGGCAUCCUACAUGUCCACACCCCUGGGGGCAUGUGCAGGCCCGGUCCCGGGAAAACGACAGGCUUUGUAGGGCGCCGUGGCUCAGCCUGCCGGGGGAGCCAGACCCUAGAGCACAGAGGAAACAGAAUUCCAAGCCGAAGCUGGUUUGCUUUCAUGCCGUCGGGGCUUGCUGGUGAAGCUGUUGUCUGGGUUUGGGGACUGAUCCUUCGCAGCUUACUUUUGGCCAAGAUGAUGACAGAACUCUGUGGAUGCUGAGUUACACACAAUGCAAACAUCGAUUUGGGUGUGAUUCUUUUUAUAUCCCAGGUCCAGUCGUUACUUGAAUAUCAACAAAAGAUCUACAGGAAUGCUAACAGGGACCCAUGUUAAGACCUUGCACCCUGAUUUCCAGUAACCCUUGCCCCCAGGCAUCUGCAGCCAAGCAGUGGACACCAGUGUGGGAAUUUGCAGUGUCCCAUCCACAGCCUGCACAGUCGGGGUCCCCACUGUGGCUGCCAUUUUUAUACUAUUUAGAGAAAAGCCCUAGAGAUAUUCAAGGCCCCAGGUGGCUAAUGUCUCUGUUACACAGAAGUGGGUACUUGGUGGCAGACAGAAGUUUAAGCUGGCCGUUGUUUCAGCUACACAUCUCACUCAGGGUGCACCCCCUUUUCUCUGCCCCUUCUCCCGGGAUGCUAUGUCCUGAACCCUGUGGGUACCACAUACUACGCUGGGUACAAGCAUGGUAUGUGGGCCCCUCACCCUCGUUAUUCUCUCCACAGCUGGUCUCUCUGGCCACCAGUAUGUUGAGAGGUGGGGGGCACUGAAGAUAGACGAUGAGAGAGAAAGAGGAGCACAGGGUCACUGGGGCAAAGGGCAGAGCCUGUUACCUGGGGUCUGGUUUGCAGUCUGGCCUCUGAUGCCCAGUUCAGAGAAGGUCAUAGAGCUGAGAGGUGAGGGAUGCUGUGGCCCUGAGUUUUCCGCAGGGUUCCAAUCCUAGAGCAGGGCGUGCCUGGAAACAAGAUUGCUGUGGAAACCCAGCUCCACAUGCAGGCCCCCAAAUCCCCUUGGCUGUUCAUUCCAGUGGGGCUCCCUCACUGCACAGAGCCCUCCCUUCUGGAUGGGCCUUCCUGGCCACACAGAUGACCAACACCCUAAGAGCCUGACAGAGGCUUGGCUGACUGGGACACGUAAGGACAGACUACAAGCACAGCCCUCAGACCUCAGAGAGGCCACCUUGGCACUGCUGGGCUGCGACCCCUGGGCAGGCACCAGAGCCGGCGGUCAGAGCUGGCCUCGGUCUCCAGGCCUGGUUCAGAGGGACUGGGAAGCCACUCCCUCCUCCAAUUAUGGCUUCACUUGCCCUUUGGGAGCUCCCCUCUUGGCAUUGCCUCAGUAACCUUGGCAGAGGGCCAUGGUGAAGCAAGAAUGAGUUCUCCUUCCCCAGCACUCUCCUUCCAUGGUUGAAACUGGCCGUGCCUCCCAGACACGUACCCAAUUCCUCAGGGGUGUUGGGCUCACCAUGAACUGAAGAAAGGAUCCUGUCUCUACCCCAGGAGUGCUCUCACCUAGCCUCAGAGUGUUCUAGAAGACGGACAGUUUGCCUGACAGGGUUAAUUCACAGUAGGAGGCUCAGCUGUUAUGGGGCAUCGAAGCCCAUAGGAAGCUGUAGGAAGCUUCCUUCCAUGUGAGCUGGGGUUAGACUGGGCAGCACCUGGGUCUGCCCCUCCCCAGGCCCACAUGGUCUCCAACAGUAACCCCAAAGCCCCAUUUGCAGUUUGGGGGAAUUUCCUUAUUUAUUGUCACCCAUGCCUUUCCUUUCCCAUCCUCAUCUGAUGUGCUUUGAGGAGACCCCAGCAACCAAGGAGCAGCCUCCAGAAGCCAAGACCAAGCCUGAGUCUCCGUCGGCUUCCCCUUUGCUUCCAGGAGAAAAUUCACUGAGAACUUACCUUCCGGCUUCUUGUUUAUACAGAGACAACAACUCAGCGGGGAAAUGGGGAUCUUUUAUGCACCAAAGCUGCAUCUGAAGCAGAGAGCAGCGGGACUCUUGGUGUUUCAUGCUGCCUUAUUUAUGUUAAAGGAAGAAUUAAAUUCUUGCAAGGAGUAGAAACUG